AUCUUUUACGUUCUCGAGGUUGGAAUAUAGUUGCUCUCAAUGGCCAAAUAGAACUUUUACGUUCUCGAGGUCGGAAUAUAGUUGGACAACUAGUAAACAUAAAUGUCAUAUUUUCUACCUGGCUAUCCCAAGGAUACGAUUCUAUCAAAAGUUUGUUGAUGAUUGGUGCGCUAUCGGAGCAAUCGACAGAUGAACAUAGUAAUUCAGAGAUGAUUGAAAAAAAUCUUGAAGAGCUUAAAAAAAAACUAACU